CGAGGUUACAAUUAUAUUUAGAUUUUGUUAGGUUUUCAGAAAUUCGCUAACAUCUAAGCAAUAAAUGUCAGUCAAAGAUAUUUGAGGUUAACCCGACGGUAAAAAGUAACUAUCAACUAAGUUACCGUUACGUGCAUCUGCACUUGCAUUCUUAUUUGUGUGAGUCAUUGUUUGCAUAGUUCUCAAUCAAAUAUAAACAUUUUACAUUCUAUUAAAUAUUUUUAAAAUAUUAUUUUCUAUUUCACACAUUGUACAUAUGAUACAACCUUUAGUAUGUUGAUAGAUAAUUAUAAUAAUUUAAAUUACCUACAUACUCUAUAUCAGACUAGAAAUGGAUGAUCAAGAAUUAAUUGCAUUACAAAAUUUAAAAGCAAAAUUACUUAAAGAAGCAAAUGAUUUAACAGAAGAAUUAAGAAAGCAAGAGACAGAUGAUGAGCAAUUUGUUGCUUUGAAGAUAAGACCAAGUUCUAAAAAAAGUACCUUGCAUGACUUGGGGACAAAUUUAUUAGAUCAGAAUAAACAACUAUUGUGUGAAAUUACCUCUAAGAUUAGUGGGAUAACGUUUGAAGAUAUAGAAAAAAAAUGGCUACGCAAAAACAUUUAUCAGUAUACAACUCAUUUAGUAACUACAACUGUUCAAUUUCUUCUCCAGUUGAUAGUAAAAUUAGAGAAAGAAAAAGAAUUUGAAAUUCAUGACAUUGUAUGUCAUCCUAUAAAUGUAAAUAAGUGUUAUAUGUUGGAGAUUCAGCCAUGGAUGGAAAACAUCAGUAGAAUGAACAAUUUUUCACUUCUUACAUCUGCAAUUUCACAAUAUAAUCAGGAAAUUAUAGUACGAAAAAAGAUACUAAGUGAUUUGCAAGUAAAGCGAUAUGUGAAUUGUAAAGAUUGUACGAAGAAAAAGGGUGGAAUUUCAGUCUCCAUACAUUCACCUAAGAAUGUGGAACAAAUUUAUUUGAACUUACAGUGGUCAUUGUUAUUUGUAGAACGUACUUUGCAAAUUCAACAUUUUUUUUUUAUAGUUCCUCUCGAAACAGGAGCCGCGUUUGCAAAGGAAAACAUGGAUUUAUUAAACAAUGUUCAUGAAGUAAGUCUUGAGAAAGAAGAUAUUACACGAUUUUGGAAAGAAUUGAUCGAUGCUAUCAAUGAGUACGAAAAGAAAAGAAAGUAACUGAAGAUGUGACGUUACUAUGAAGUGAUGAAUGGCAUAUGUUAUGUGAAUUAAAAAAAUGUAAAGUUGCCUCGAUGUUUCCAGUAUUGUUAAAAUUCAAUUACGUAGAAAUGAUUCUCAAUAUGUAAUAACAUAGAUGGUACUCAUUGGGAUGUGAAAUAUUAAUAAAUUUUUACUUUUGUAUA